UCUUAUAAGUUAUAAUGAAUCAAAAAUUAGUCAAAUUUAUUAGAAACGUGAUGAUUUUGAAAAAACUGACAACAAAAAAGUGAAAACCAUUUUGUAUGAUUUAUUGUUUUUUGUUUUUAGUUUUAAAAAUACAUAAGUUCUAUAUACAACAACAAAAAAAAAAGGCUAAAUACAGCAUCUAAAAUUAUCCUUAACUUAAUCAUGGUUCAUUUUAACUUUUUUAAUAAAAAAAGUAAAAAGAAAUCUCGUAUGUAGGGGUGCAGCAGUGCAGCAAUGCAGCAAAACACGUUACCAUAAGUACUUGUGCACACCCCUAAAAAAAACUGGAAAAAAAAAAACGAACCGGCAAGAAAAACUAUAUCCAAUGAAUUUAAUAACAAGUCGUUUAGAAAAACUAUAUCCAGUGGUUAGCAAUGGAGGGUGAACACGACUUUACAGUUUUGUAAGAUAGGUGAUAUUUACAUUCUUCUUCUCCACCAUACCGUUUGAUAUUUGGAUGAACUCUUUUACAUAGGAAAAAACGAAAUAAUGGUUAAUAUACUUUCCUCCCUUCCGUAUCAUUAAUCUACUAAACUAAUUCUUCGUACAUCAUAGUUGUAUAUUUGUAUCAAUUGUACGAUCACUAUGCUAUAACUAUUCCCAUUCAAUGUAUGAACGGAAUAUUACUUGUCAUUUUAACUACCAAUAGAAUAUGUGAAACAAGUUCAUAAUAUGUGUAUAGCCUUAAAAGAUAGUUACUAAUAUCAAAUGGAGUUAGUAUCAUUGUUGGUGGAUGGAGUGGUGUUUUAUUGUAUAAAAAUUAUGUUUUUACUCACAAGUUACAACAAAAGGAAACUUUUAGUAAAAGAAAAAUUCAAAGGUAGGAGGGAACUAGGUGUCAAUGUGUCAUACUUUUAAGUGUCACAUGUGGGUUAACAUUAGAGGUUACUGUAUCUGCUCUCUCUGUCUUAUGUAACAACUCUAUCUCAUUCACAUUAUAAACCCUACUCUGUUCAAAAACUAAGAUCAUACUUUAGUCUUUAGCUUAUCUUUCAUUUCUUAGACAUGAGAACUCAUACUAUUAGAUCAUGGCCACCCUUGUUUAUCUUCCUUUAUCUGUUAAUUUUGUGUGUUAUCCACACUUCAGUAGCUGCCCCUGCAACUGAAGCUUCCCAAGCAUAUGUCUAUGCUCUAUGCCCAGACAUGGCUACAGUUUCUCCUAGUAGUAAAUAUCAAAGCAACAUCAAUAUCGUUCUAUCUUAUCUCUCGUCGAACACUAGUCAUGUAAACCGUUUUUAUAAUACAAGUGUUGGCAGAGGAUCUGACAAGGUGUACGGCCUGUUUUUCUGCCGUCUUGAUAUCACUGAUGCUGCUUGUAAGAAGUGUGUAUCACUAGCAUCGCACGAGCUAGGUACUCGUUGCCCGGGAAAGAAAGACUCAACAGUAUGGUAUUUUGAUCAAUGUGUUCUUCAUUACUCUAACAGGUCUUUUCUUGGUUCCAUGCAUGAUGCUCCUAUGAUACCAAUGUGGAACAGAGAGAAUUCUGUUGAUAUAUGGAACGUUACGAGUAAUAUGACCGGAUUUACGCGAGUUUUGCUUGAUACUAUGUGGCAAGCUACGAUCAAUGCUACAAGUGGUCGAAGAGAAAGGAAGUUUGCUACAAAAGAAGCUAGAUUUGUAGGUAACCUGACAAAAUUGAACACCCUUUACACACUAGUUGAGUGUACACCAGAUAUAUCUUUGAAUGAUUGUAGGCGGUGUCUUAAAAUGGUGAUCGGGAAUACAACAGAGCUUUGCAAUGUUAAGGGUGGUUGUACCUUGAUGUGUCCUAAUUGUAAUAUGAGGUAUGACAUAUAUCCUUUUUAUGGAGACGCCGUCAGAAACUCUUCAGGACUAGCCUUUGAUCCUCUAAAUAAUGAAACUCCGGCGAAAGCUACAAAAAGGCUAACGGGAGUUUUGAUAGGCACGAUCACUGGAGCAGUUGUAGCAUUGACACUUCUUGUUGGAGUUCUGAUAUUUGUAUGCAAGAGAAAGUCGAAGAAAGCACUUACUGGCUUUAAUGAUAUUGAAGCUGUGGAGUCCUUGAAAUUUGACAGCAGAACUAUAAUAUCCGCAACUAAUAAUUUUUCGGAUGAUAGAAAGCUUGGAGAAGGUGGAUUUGGUGAAGUAUACAGGGGGAAGCUAGCAAAUGGAGAAGAAGUGGCUGUAAAGAGGCUCUCAAAGUUCUCUAGACAAGGCAUUUCUGAGUUUAAGACAGAAGUUCACUUAGUUGCAGAGCUCCAACACAGAAAUUUAGUCAAACUUCUCGGAUUUUGCCUCGCUACAGAAGAGACAUUACUUGUGUACGAAUACCUGCCAAAUUCAAGUCUUGAUCGUUUUCUAACUGAUGAAAAAAAGUCGGCUUCAUUGGAUUGGAAAACAAGGUUCAAGAUAAUAUGUGGUAUUGCAAGAGGGCUACUUUAUCUCCAUGAAGAUUCUCGGCUCAAGAUCAUACACCGGGACAUGAAAGCUAGUAAUGUACUAUUAGAUCAAGAUAUGAAUCCGAAAAUCUCAGAUUUCGGUAUGGCAAGACUUUUCAAGGCAGAUGAAACCCAGAGAAACACUAGCAGAAUUGCUGGAACUUUUGGAUAUAUGGCACCAGAAUAUGUGAUUGCUGGCCAUUAUUCAGCGAAAUCAGAUGUAUAUAGUUUUGGGAUCUUAGUUCUGGAGAUCGUAAGUGGUCAGUUGAACAAUUUCUUCAGACUAGAUGGAAAUGAAGAAUCCCUACUUGACCGCGCAUGGAGGCUUUGGGAUGAGGGGUAUGCUAUGAAGUUGGUAGACUCAAGAAUGGGAGAUGAUGCAUCAUUGGAAGAAGCAGAAAAGUGCAUCCACAUUGGAUUACUAUGCAUCCAAGAAGAUGCUUCUCGAAGACCAAGAAUGGCUACAGUAGUAGCUUCACUAAAUGGUGAUGCUGUCGUUUUGCCACCGCCUACAGCACCUCAUUUCUUCGUCUCAGGCACAUAUUCGGAGAUCGAUGAGUUCUCUGGGGUAGGCCUCUCUGCCUCUGGUGCCACAGUGUUUACAGGGACAUCUAGCAACACAGAGAUGGAUCCUCGGUAAAGUUUUUAUAUGACAAACUGCAUACAAUAGAUCUUGUGUAUAUCAGGUGCAUAUUAUGCAAUAAACUAACACACCUAUUGCAUACUAGUUUUUGUAUACUUCAUAUAUAAGAAACUAUCAUAUAUGACUACAAAUAAGUUUUGGGAACAUCGUCUAAACAUGGGACAAGUUUGAGAUAAUGUAGACAAGUUUUUGUGGUAAUUAGUAAUUACUAUAGCAAAAAGAAGUUUUGUAUGAGACAGUUUUUCGAUAGCUUGUUGUAAGACUAUAACAGUUUGUUUGGUAGAAGGAAUUUGAAAGGAAAGGAAAAGAAAUGGAAGGAAAUUUAUUACUUUCCAAUGUUUGGUUCAUUAAAAAAAAAAUUAAGUGAAAGGAAAUGGGAGGAAUUGGAAGGAAAGACUCGUUAAUAAAAUUUCAGUUUCCUUUCCUCCCAAAAGCGGGGGGAUUCGGAAGCAAAGAGAAAAUUUAUACCAAACAUGAGAAAUUAAGGUUUUUUUUCCUUUCUCUUCCAUUCUUUUCCUUUCUCUUCCCUUCCUUUCUCUUCCUUUUCUUUCCUUUACUAAAAAUGAACCAAACACACUCUAAGAGUAUUUUCUAUUUUAAACAGCGGAUUUCAUUUUUUUGGUUAUCUAAGAUUUGAGUUUAAUGACCUAAAAUUUGUGUGAUCCUAUUUUACCAGGGAAAUAUAGUGAAUGAGUGUAAGAAAUUUGUACUAUUAUUAGUAUGUGAUAUUGGAUAUGGAAUUAUGGAUCCAGUAGCGGCCCAGCUUGGCGCAAUGGCAUGUAAGAUAGUUUUUAUCUACGACAGGCCCAACUCAAUGCCUCUUAGAACUAGCUUCAUAUGGAUCUGUAACUUAUGUAAGUCUAUGUAGGUUACUGCUUUAUUCCUUUUUUUUUUUGUGCGAUAGGUUAUUGCAUAUUUGCGUUCUUGUUCACACAUUGGUGAUAAUGAUUCUAAUUCUAGAUUUAUUGAGAAUUGAGAUUAAUUAAAAGGAGAAAAGGAUGCAAAUAGAUUUGAAUUUUUUCUUUUUUGUAUUAGAGAGCAAUUAAGCAUAAUGAUUAAAACGGGAUUCAAUCUGAUAUCUUGGAUACCACUCUAUAAAACUUCACCAAUUAAGCUACAUGACAUCCAUUGAAAAUAUUUGAAUCUAGGUCUUUGGUCGAAAGAUAAUGGAACUAACAUUGGCAAUGGCAUGGAGGCACAACCCCACGUCACAU